ACCCAGGUGGUCCAGAUACCGCACGAUCUCGUGGUCAAGUAUGGCCAUUUCGUCAAAGCCACCGAGGCUCGGAGUAUCAUUUUCGUUUCCGAGAACACCAAUAUCCCAGUGCCUUCCGUGCUUCUCGUGUUCAAGAAGGAGAAUGUCACCUAUAUUGUAAUGUGGCUGAUUCGUGGUGGGACGCUGCAAGACCGCUGGGAAGAAUUAUCUAAUCCUCUCAGAGAUGAAGUUAUGGACCAGUUUGCAGGAUAUCUUGCCGAGUUAGGCUCCCUCUCAUCUGAAGGACACACUCCCGGGCCACUUGAUGGCGGAAAGUGCGAGGGGCAAUGGUGGACGCAAUACGGGGCUGGUCCUUUCACGACCUACCGAGACCUGCUUGCGUGGCUGAAUCGAAAGCUUCAGCAGUCCGCGCGUACAAGUCCUCCAUUCAGCGAUAAAUAUCCCCUCGUCUUCACGCACCAGGACCUUUGUCCAACGAAUCUGAUCUUGGAUGAUUCGAACAGGCUGUGGAUAAUAGACUGGGGGAUGGCUGGGUGGUAUCCAUCGUACUUUGAGUACGCGUGCAUUAGGUCGCCAGAGGCAUUCAUGUCCAUCGACAGAGGCUGGAUCCCCGCAGCUCUUUCACGCCUUCCCAACUACGAGACUGAGGCCAACAAGUUGGAGGCCAUGCGAUACGCACUCACCUUCUUGCCAUUUUCUUGA